AUGGUACAGAUAAGAAGCCUUCAGUGGGCAGAGAAGCUCAAUCUCCAACACCCCUCCCCCAGCUACUGUGCUGAGACCUGCAGUAAGAAUCUGGCUGACUGGGAUCCCAGGGUGAAGGCUGCAACCAUGACAAAGUACCUUGGUACCAACCAUCCGUGGAUGAAUGUCACCCUAACCCCACACUCAUUUGCAAACCUUCGGCGAUCUACAUCAACAUCACCAACAUGGCCUUCUUGGGAAUUAAAGUCUUCCUCAAAUGUUGAUAGGCUCAAGGACCCCAUGAGACAUUUCCCUGAAAAUGCAAGCUUGCUUCAGAUAAUCAGAUCCACUCUGGCUCAUCCUCCCUCUAGAACUAGGUCUCAAACAGAUUUCUCUUCCACCCUUUACCAAGGGAGUGGACAUAGUGCAUCCCUGGAUCCUUCCAAGGAGUUGGCCCAGGCUCUCGCCCAUCCAAGACCUCGAGAUUCGGAUGAAGUAGCCGACGUGUCAGGUUUGCCUCAACACAACAUGUCUGUCCCAUUGUUGUCCACAACACCAUCUGUGACAUUGUCAAGUGCUGUCCUGUCAUCUCAGCUAAUGCCAUUAGGACCACCUUCCAUUCCAAACCAGCACACACCAGGGUCAGACAUUGUCUCAGCUCUUCCAUCCCCAUCACUCUCUUCAUCUGUUCCUGGCUCACCUCAUACUAUCAUAUUUUCUAAACCUACUAAGCUACCAGUCAAAGUGCCUUCAUUCCCCCAGAGAGCUCCCCAUGAUUCUUCCCAUAGAGAAAGUACAGAUAAUCCCUUAGACCCUCUUUCCAGUAAAACAAAUCACCCUCCAUCCAGAAAGGCCCAAGAAUUAACAGACAACCUCAGUCUGGAUUUUUCUGGAUCUACAACAGCACAGUAUUCUAGACUGGUCCCAAGUGAGAGACUGAACCCCGAAAGCCCAUCUACAUCUGUGUUUGUGAAUUCCAUGCCAGACAUACCCCAUCUGUCUUCCUCACCAGUUGCGCCUGGAAGCCUACCUUGGCUUCCAAGUCAAACCCCCACAUUGUUGAAGUUCACAGAUGUGUCUUCUUCAGGCCCAGUCCACACUCAACCAUUCAAAUCAAGAGUGACUAAAAGGGCCCAUGGCAGUGUGUCCUGGCCGGCUUUUGAGAGCUCAUCAGAGAUGUCUGAAGUGGGGUCCAGACUUGUCCAAAGCAUAGAUGGAAGAACUGCUUCAAUGGAAAGGAGACACAGUCCAUCCAUCCAUGCUACAUUAAACAAGCCUGUGCAUUUGUCACCAGCUUCUGAGGAGGUGGGAGCAGGGUCCCAUUCUGUGAAACGUACCCCUUCCUCUUUGGGGCCAGCCACUUUGUCUUUGGUCGCUGUUGGUGGAGCAACUGCUACUCAUGCCACCUCUUCCUCAGCAACAAAAAAUGAACCAGCCUCUCCGACAACAUCUGAUUUCCCAUGGCAGUCGUGGAGCAGGGCAUCUCCUCUACUUAUGGCAGCAAAAAAACCAACUUUUCAAGAAAAGGACAAGGAUGGGACUCCUGCCGACUUGUUCCUCAUGGAGACAGGCCAGUCCUCUGUCCAAUAUUCUACAACUUCAAGUCUUCUCCCAGGAAAAGAAGGCAGCUUGAUGGGUGCUUUUAUGGAAAAUGAAAAAGCCAAUAUGGUGGCAUCUCCUACUCAGGAAGCUACCAGCCAAUCCACUUUAAGUGAGACCAUGUCAGAUUUGACAACCAAUCACAUUCCAGCUGCGAUCAUCACAGAACCACAAGCGAGUCUCACUCUCUCAGAGUUGCCUGUUCCUCCUGUCCCACCAACAGAGCGAUCAUUCAUGGCUUUGGGGUCUUCUCCCAUUGUGGAUGCUGAGUCUGAGAUCAUGGCGGCCCCCACAAAUCCUGCUAGAAUCACCACAUCAGCCCCUAAGCAAGAGGCAGCAUUUCUUUCUUCAGCCCAUACUCUCCAUUCUUCUGUACCAGCAAGAACCCAAGAGUCAACAAGCACAGCUAUUUCCCAGGGUUUUCUUUCAGGAGAAACCGAGUCCCAUUUCUUAGAAUCGGCAAUAACUGUCUUGGCUCACCAAAAAGAUUAUGAUUUAAAUGGACAUGAGAAAAGUCCCACCUCUUCAGUAACCCAUUCUGCCAAAGUCAGUGCUCUCAACAGCCCAAAUUCAGCUGCCAAAGUGACACAUUCUCCAGAUGUCAGAGAUGCUUAUCUGCAUCCUGCCUUUGCUAAGGAGUUCAGCGUUCAGCAUCCAUCCCUUAAUCUAAGCACAGAACAAGCCACACACCAGUCCAGAGUUACUACAAUCGGAAACUCUACAGACCUUUGGCCCACAAACCAUAAAAACAUCACCCGUGACCUUGAAACAUCACUCAGACCACUCCUCGCUACACACGAAGCUUUCGCGACUCUCCGUCAACAUCUUUCACGUCUUCCCUCAAAAUCGCCUCCACCUUUGACAUCUCUUCCACCAGCCUCGUCAGAUUUAACUUCCCCCAUCAGCCUUCAGGAGAUGUUUCCGGGGGAAACAGAGACCAGAACCUCAUUUGCCAGUACUCGCCAUCCAUCGCCUAUGAUAAACACUUCUGUGCCAUUCCAGAGUGGCCAUAAGCCUUGGACGUUUCCUGCUGCUGUUCUUCCCACACUAACCCCUGCCUUAUUCAAGACAGCACCUAAAGUACCACUGACUUCUCCAGUCCCUGAGAAUUGGACUGUUGCAACUGCUCAUGCAAGUAGUUUGGUUCCUGGUUCCCAACGCACAGCAUACUCUUCUUCUGUGUCCCCUGAGGUGGUGCCAACCGUAGCAUCAACAUCAGCCACGCGUUUUAUAGGAAAAUACACUCUGUCCGCAUUGUCUGCAGCCUUAGUGUCCAAGGGGACUGGAAACAAAGUCUCCGUUCCCUCAGCAAUGGUAGCCAAGAGCACCGCGACCCCAGUGCUGGCUAAAAAUGGCACUCCCAUUGGAACACCAGGCUCCCAGGUGGUUGCAGGGACGAUCAAGACAGUCGAGACUCCUACAGUGUCCCCCUUUGCCCCCGUGACCCCGAGAACCACGCAGGCAAAUGUGAUCACAGCUGCUGCAAGGUUGUCAACAACACAUUUCCCUGGUAAAUCUCAAGCCAUGCAAUCAGACUUCCACAAAUCGACCAACUCGGAAACUCCCAAAACCUCUACCACCUUCCCGCUGACGAUCAUGGCGGCUUUGACAUCUAUUACUACAUCAGGAAAGGUGACUAAACUCCCUCCCUUACCUGUGGAAAACACAUCAACUGCUCUCCCGGUGACUUCGACUACUGCAGUCACAACUGGCAAAACCACCUUGAAUCUAGAAUGUCAGAUGUCCAAGAAACUGAUGGUGAAGACAGUGUGGCUGCUCAGGGGGAAACGGUCCACAGCCCUGGAGCUCUCUAAUCGCCGGGCCAGUUCUGCUGAAAAGGCCGAGGAGGGGUUGGCACGCCUGCUGGCCUCUCCUGUCCGACUCUCUCAGUCCCCGAAGCUCCUUGCCAAGGGUUCACUCUGGAUGGAAGUUCUGCACAUCAUUGAUCUCUAUAAUUGCCGACUGUCUACCAGGCUUGCUUCCCUAGGAGACCGGUUCCCUUUAAUGGUUUACAUCUGGCAGGCAGAGAAGGAUUAUUAUUAUCGUGCUUCAGUUUUAAAAGAACACAUGAAUCUGGUGGAAAUUCUGGAACAUUCCCAUAAUGUGACAGUGGGUUAUUAUGUUACGAAGGGGAAACUGGUUUAUAUCCCUGCUGUGGUUGUUGAGACCCUGCUUGCUUAUGGCAUUAGCAAUGUCACUGCUGACCUGAAGCAGCAUCUAGCAAACCUUCAAUCGGUGGCAGUGCUGGCCUCGCCGUGGAACCCCCAGCCAGCCUACGCCUUCCAGCUAAAGACAGUGCUGCAGUUUGUGGGCCAGUCUGACAACAUCCAGUCCUGCAAGUUUGCUCAGACCAUGGAGCAGAGGCUGCAGAAAGCAUUUCAGGAUGCAGAGAAAAAAGUUCUAAGUACCACUAGCAACCUGACUGUCGAGAUUCUGAACACGUCCAACGCCUCCCAGGCGGUUACCUUGACUUACGCCGUCCGGAACCAGAGCUCGCUCCUCAACGGCACCGUGUCCAGCAGCCUCCUGAGCCAGCUGUCGGCCGAGCUGGUUGGCUUCUACCUCACUUACCCUCCCCUGACCAUCGCCGAGUCCUUGGAAUACCCCAACCUCGAUGUCUCAGAAACAACUAGAGAUUAUUGGGUGAUUACAGCGGUCGUUAAAAACCCUCCCAACAACCUGUGGAUCAUCGCCGCUGUCCUGGCCCCCAUUGCGGUGGUCACCGUCAUCAUCAUCAUCAUCACGGCCGUGCUCUGCAGGAAGAACAAGAAUGACUUCAAGCCAGACACCAUGAUGAACCUGCCUCAGAGGGCAAAACCAGUUCAAGGCUUUGACUAUGCCAAACAACAUUUGGGUCAACAAGGAGCCGAUGAGGAGGUCAUCCCGGUGACUCAGGAAACAGUUGUCCUCCCUCUCCCUGUCCGAGAUGCUCCUGGCUCCCAGGAAAGAGAGACUGCUCAAGAGGGAAGCACCAUUAAGACAGCCCAGUCCACGGAAACGAGGAAGAGCAGGUCGCCCAGUGAGAACGGCUCCGUCCUCAGCAACGAAUCAGGGAAGCCCAGCCCCGGGAGGCCCUCACCCCAGAACGUGACAGCAGUGGCCACGGCUCAGCAGCAGAAGAAAGAGGAGGGAAGGAAGAGAAACGGUGAGAGGGGAGCCGGGGGCCAGGACUGUGAGUCACCCCUGGCUAGACACACACGAGCAUCCCUCCUGUGCCUGUUCUGCUCCAGGAGCGCCCGAUACCAUCCUGAGCUUUCUAAAGGGGUUUUGCAACAGAUGAAGAACUCUGUGUACCGAAGCCGGCAGUCUUUAAACAGCCCCAGUCCAGGGGAAACUGAGAUGGACCUCUUAGUGACACGCGAGAGACCCCGACGAGGAAUCCGUAACAGCGGCUAUGACACUGAACCUGAAAUCAUCGAAGAAACCAACAUUGACCGCGUGAAUGAGACUCGAGGCUACCCAAGGUCCCGCCAGGUGAAGGGUCAUUCGGAGACAUCCACCCUCAGUUCUCAGCCGUCCAUCGAUGAAGUCCGGCAGCAGAUGCACAUGCUGCUGGAGGAAGCGUUCAGCUUGGCCUCUGCUGGCCACGGUGGACAGAGCAGGCAACAAGACACUUACGGCUCAGCCCAACACUUCCCCUACUCCGAAGUAGUAACGAGCGCCCCUGGGACCAUGACCCGAUCAAGGGCUGGAAUGCAAUGGGUGCCUACCUACCGACCAGAAAUGUACCAGUACAGCUUGCCGAGGCCGGCCUACAGGUUCUCUCAGCUUCCUGAGAUGGUCAUGGGGUCUCCUCCACCUCCUGUUCCUCCUCGGACUGGUCCUGUGGCUGUUGCUUCUCUCAGGCGGUCCACUUCUGACAUUGGCAGCAAGACGAGAAUGUCCGAGUCCAGCGGCCCUGAGCAGGCCCAACUGCAUGAUGGCACCCCCUUUGCCCAGGUCUCCAGAGGUCCAGUCUCUGUCACGCCGUUGGACCAGUCUCCUUUAAAUUACUCAGGAAGCACGGUUCCAGCUGUGUUUGCCAUUCCAGCUGCAAAUAGACCUGGAUUCACGGGCUACUUCAUCCCCACACCGCCGUCAUCCUACCGGAACCAGGCUUGGAUGUCGUACGCAGGAGAGAAUGAGCUACCGGGGCAGUGGGCAGAUUCGGUUCCCCUCCCAGGUUACAUCGAGGCAUAUCCCCGAUCCCGCUACCAACAGACAUCCCCCUCGAGACUCCCCCGACAGUAUAGCCAGCCCACCAACUUGCACCCAAGUCUGGAGCAGGCCCCCAUGGCCUCCACCGCAGCAUCUCAGCAGAGCCUGGCCGAGAACGACACUUCCGACGCUCCGCUGACCAACAUUUCCACAGCAGCCCUGGUGAAGGCUAUCCGGGAAGAGGUCGCCAAACUGGCCAAAAAACAAACGGACAUGUUUGAGUUCCAGGUCUAA